UGCUGGGAGUUGCCGGUUCUGUGGCUGAUGAAAAUUUCCUCCCACUUCCGACAAAUUGUCUGGUCGAGACGAGGCAUUCAACCAAGAGGCGGACUGACUCCUAGUGUCACCUAGUACCAUAAGACGGAAGACAGUCUUUCCUUCUUGGUAUCGCAGCUGAUUGCAAAAUUAUGCGCAAAAGUUGGAUUUGGAUCUCGGAAACACCCGAGCGAGGACCCAUAAGUAUAUCACACUGAGCGAACGGCAGCAGUGAAGGGCACAGUACUUGCAUGCGCAGGAAGUGAGGCUCAGCGCUCAGUCCCAGCGGCGGGAGAUCAUCGACGCGUCUGACGCGUCGUUUUUGUCCGGGAACCUAUUAGACAGGAUGUCAUGUAUCGUCUCCAUUCACGCCAAGGACAUGGAUGGCGCAAUUCUGUUGUUCUCAUUACAUCUCUACUGGCCUUGUUUUAUUCUCUGCCGUACUCACUCCCCUCGCUCACUCGCUGCUACCUUGUGCAUCCUUCCACACGGUACACCCUCCCACAUCGUCUCGUACCUUCCUCUGGCACCUUCUGGCACCUAUCUCCUUUAGCUUUUGUUCUGUUUAGUUUUAGAAUGGUUGAAAUACACUUGAUCGAUUUGGAUUUAUUCUAAAUGUUCGAACCUUGACUUCUAUUAGGCUGAUAAAAUUUGACAAAAUCUAAAAGCUAUCAAGUACUGUUGUGUUCUAGAAGGUCUGUGUAUCGAAGGUGCUACUGCGAGCUCUAGGUGUUUUUGU